CAUUUCCGAGUCUUAGACCUGCACAACUAGCGGGUCCGUGGACCUAGGAGUGGAGACGAUUUCCCCUGGUUCUCAGGGCCUCCCAUCGGAAAUUCAGAGGUAAACGAUAUUUUUACAAACCGAAAUAUUUCCUCAUCGAACGCGUGUUGUAGCCGUGUAAGUAGGCGCUAGUUGAUAUUCCACACACACGACGGGUCUCGUAUACAAUCAAUAUGGCUGCCAGGAACCUGCAUCAGAAGAAGGCUAAAAUCAAAACGAUCUAGGGAAACAGUGUAUCUGGAGACGGUUUACUGAGACACAUUUAAGGACAAAGGAUGGUGCCAAACAUCCCAAGCUUACUAAUGUGACCCAGUAUGUGAACCAGGGAGAAUUGUCAUUAAAUGUAUAACCGAUCCAGCACCGUAGACAAAGCGUGCAUAACGUCAAGAUGGAGGAAGAGGAAAAUGAAGUCAGCAUAUUUCAGCUUUUCACCAGGGAGUCUAUGUUCGCAAUUGAACAGCGAAUCGCCGAGGAAAAAGCAAAUAGGAAGGCUGAAAGAGAGGCGGCCGAGGAGGGGGAGGAAGAGGAGCCUCAACGAGAGGAGGACGAACUUAAACCGGACGAACAAUUGGAAAUCGGAAAGAAACUCCCCACCUACAUGCAAAAUGACUUCCCUCGUGAAUUAAUGGGCAAGCCCAUUGAGGACUUUGAUGACUACUAUGCCAACAAAUUGAGUUUCGCCGUGGUGGCAAGGGAUUGGACGAUCUUCCGAUUCAGCGCCACCAAGGCACUCUACAUUCUUACUCCAUUCAACCCUCUCCGGAAAAUUUCCAUAUGCAUCUUAACACACCCUAUUUUCAAUCUCUGUGUUAUCCUCACCAUCAUCGUUAACUGUGUAUUCAUGGCUAUGAACGAAAGUUUUCCCACCAUGGAGAAAGUGUUUACUGUUAUCUACACCGUGGAGGCGUGUGUGAAGAUCUUGUCCCGUGGUUACAUAAUGAAGGAUUUCACAUAUCUCAGAGAUCCUUGGAACUGGCUAGAUUUUUCAGUAAUAUCUUUGGCAUACAUCACUAUGUUCGUCAAGUUAGGAAAUCUCUCAGCACUAAGAACCUUCCGAGUAUUACGAGCAUUAAAAACCGUAGCUGUAAUACCAGGGUUGAAAACUAUUGUGGGUGCCUUACUCGAAGCCGUUCGGCGGCUGCGUGACGUCAUGAUUCUGACCGUGUUCAUGCUGUCCAUCUUUGCCUUGAUUGGGAUGCAGAUGUACAUGGGCGCACUGCGCAGCAAGUGUGUUUUAAAUACAGAUAACGACAACAUGACAGAUGACGAAUACUUCAAUUAUGUCUGGGACAGAGAUAACUGGUACCCACACGAUAAGUUUGUCGAGCCAUUUCUUUGUGGAAACUCGACGGGAGCAGGAGACUGUCCAGAGAACCAUACCUGCAUUCCAGAGUUACAUUCCAAUCCAAACUUCAACUACACAAGUUUUGAUCAUUUUGGAGUGGCUCUUCUCUGUGCCUUCCGUCUGAUGACACAGGAUUACUGGGAAAACCUUUACAUGCUGGUUCUGCGUGCAAAUGGUCCUUGGAACUGUCUUUACUUCAUGAUCGUCAUCCUGUUGGGUUCUUUCUAUUUGGUCAAUCUGAUCCUCGCUAUCGUCGCUAUGUCAUACGAUGAACAACAGAAGCAGGAUAAAGCAGACGAGGAGAACGAGGCGAUUGAACUGGCAAUGAAUUCACCAGAACCACAUAUGGGUACUAUAACAGUGGUCGUACCGCCGGGUAUGACCAGAAGUCCGACCGGUUCCAACCUUAGUUUACCACCAUACAAUGGAAAGGACAAGGAAACAGCAAGCAUUCAGUCGGAAAAGCCAUCGGAGGACCACCCACAUCAUCCUACCGUGAAACCGAGCUUCAGUCUACCAGGCUCCCCGUUUAAUAGUCGAGGCAAGAAGAAACCUAAGCACGGUUCGCAAAACGCUGACCGCCAGCCCCUUGUGCCGCCUUAUUUGGAAAUAUUCUUACCCUUUGCUGAUGAAUCUAACGCAGUUACACCCUCUUCAGACGAGAUGUAUAAUGUAGACACUUUAAAAAAAUACUUAACAAACGUUCACGGGAGGAGCAGCCUGGCAUCUCUUGGCCUCAGAAACGAUGGACGUCCUUCCUCCCGACGAAAUAGCGUCGCUUCUUUGCUUAGUCGUGCCUCUCAUGGCAGUCGGCGUUCUCAACAUUCCAACAAGACGCCUAGCAAAUUAGAAGUUCUUACUCGUACGAUGAGCAAGCACAAAAGCCAGCAUCUUAUGCCUGAGGUAUAUGUAGACAGAUGUAAAUCCGAUGAUGUUCUCUAUGCUAGGUGUGAACUUGAAGAACAAUCAUGGGAACUUAAUGAUACACAACAUCGCAAGUAUUACCUUUCCCAACCGGCCAUCCAGGGUUCCCAGUCCGAGGGAGAGAAGAAAAGCCAUCCAAACUCUUGCCGCACCCCAAGUGUCCCAGAUGUAGAUAUGAAAGAUGUUACAGUCAUCCGGGAACUUUUGGAAACUGCUUCCGGUCAUCGUGGAAGUUUUAUGAGCAGUGAUAUGGGGGAACCCGUUAUUCCUCUGAAAGACAGACUGUAUCUUAAGUUCUGUAGCUGGACCUGCUGUCCUUGUUGGCUGAUGUUUCAGAAGGGCGUUGCCUGGUUCAUUCUCGACGCCUUCGUUGACCUGUUCAUUACGAUCUGUAUUCUUGUCAACACUGCGUUCAUGGGAGCGGAUCAUUACGGAAUGUCGGAAAAUUUAGAAAAUAUUCUGAAAAAUGGCAACUAUGUUUUCACGGCUAUAUUUGCAACAGAGGCCUUUCUAAAGGUGAUUGCUUUAGGCCCCGUGGUGUACCUGAAGGACAGAUGGAAUUGCUUUGAUGGUAUCAUUGUAUUCCUUAGCUUCCUGGAACUUGCUCUGGAUGGCGUGUCCGGACUCUCUGUACUCCGUAGUUUUAGAUUGUUGCGUGUGUUCAAGCUUGCUAAGUCCUGGCCUACGCUGAAUAUGUUGAUCAGCAUAGUGGCUAAAACUGUGGGCACGUUGGGAAACUUGACCUUUGUGCUCGGCAUCGUGGUGUUUAUUUUCGCUGUGAUGGGUCAACAACUGUUCGCCGAAUCGUACACAUUCGAGUACGGUCCAAACGGAACGUACUCUGACGAGGAGUUCCCAAGAUGGAAUUUUACUGACUUCUUACACUCGUUCAUGAUCGUAUUCAGAGUGUUGUGUGGAGAGUGGAUAGAAUCCAUGUGGGGAUGUCGACGUGUAGCAGGGAUACACUGUAUACCAUUCUUCUUAAUGACCAUGGUGUUAGGGAAUCUAGUUGUACUGAACCUGUUUCUUGCUUGUCUGCUGAGCGCGUUCGGAGCUGACAGUUUACAGGACUCUGGAACUGAGGAAGCUGAACCAAAUAAACUGCUAGAAGCAAUCAGCCGGUUCAAACGGUUCGGCUCCUGGGUCAAAGUUAACAUUAUCGUUUGUGUGAAGGUGAAAAUGCAGCGUAAAAGUAAGCCCCCUAUCUUGCCUGUUGUGUCUCCAAGUCUGUCAAGAGUAGAACGGAACGGGAAAGAGCCGAUAUCAGACGGACCGACACCUGUUAUCCGUAACGGUAAACUGGAAAAGACUCACGAGCCGCCCACUCCUACCGCCACCAAGCCUACAGCUGAUAGUGCUACGAUUAGUGUGAAGGACCUGGACAAGCAAUCAGAGUCAUCCACCAGACCUGCCAGUCGAGCAACUUUGAAAAGUCAUAAGGAUAUGGACGGCAGUUCGUCUGGUUCAUGUUCGACGCUCUCGGAUGAUGCAAAGGAGCGCCUUAACAUGGUGGACGCUGAAGGAGAUCCUGAAAUCAAUGAAGUUGAUGUUGUGUUUGCAAAUUAUCCCGAUGAUUGUUGGUGUCAAAUAUUGCGAAAGCGUUGCGCAUGCUGUAUUCGAUUCGAGAAUUCUGAUCUGGGGAAAAAAUGGUGGAAUCUGCGAUGCAAAGCGUUUGCCAUGGUGGAGCACAACUACUUUGAGUCAUUUAUAAUUAUCAUGAUCUUGGCCAGUAGCCUUGCAUUGGCAAUCGAGGAUAUAUACCUACCAGAAAGGCCUAUAUUGGAGGAUAUACUGUACUAUCUAGAUAAGGUGUUUACCACAGUCUUUAUCAUUGAAAUGUUCAUCAAGUGGGUUGCCUUUGGGUACAAGAAAUACUUCACAGAUGCUUGGUGUUGGUUGGACUUCAUCAUUGUCCUUAUAUCCAUUGUAAUGUUGGUCGCUGAAUCGAUGCGCAUCGGUGAAGUUGGAGCAUUUAAAGCCAUGCGAACACUAAGAGCCCUUCGGCCCCUCAGGGCUAUUUCAAGAUGGGAGGGGAUGAGGGUCGUCGUCAAUGCUCUCAUUAAAGCCAUACCUUCCAUUUUCAAUGUGCUGCUUGUGUGUCUGGUUUUCUGGUUAAUAUUCGGUAUAGUCGGAGUACAAUUUUUCUCGGGAAAAUUUCAUAAAUGUGUUAACAUGGAGGGUAUUAAAGUGGAACCGACAGAAAUAGCCAACAGAAGUAUGUGUAAUAGCACUGAAGGAUAUAAAUGGAUCAACGCAAGGGUGAACUUCGACAACGUGUUAAACGCUUACCUAGCUCUAUUUCAAGUGGCAACAUAUAAGGGAUGGACGUUAAUCAUGGAUGAUGCUAUUGACAUCACAAAGAUGGAUGACCAGCCGUCCCGGGAAAACAGCAUCUUAUAUUAUCUAUAUUUUGUCUUCUUCAUUAUUUUUGGGUCCUUCUUCACCCUAAACUUAUUCAUAGGUGUUAUAAUUGACAACUUUAACCAACAGAAGAAAAAGGCAGGAGGUUCUUUAGAACUCUUCAUGACAGAGGAUCAGAAGAAAUACUACAAAGCAAUGAAGAGGAUGGCUUCCAAAGCACCCCAGAAAUCAAUUCCUAGACCAGAAAUGAAGAUUGCAGCCAUGAUUUUCGACAUCACAUCGAAUCAAAUGUUUGAUAUUGGUAUCAUGCUUGUCAUUAUGCUGAAUAUGGUUACCAUGGCAAUGGAGCACUACAAACAAACGGACCUUUUCACCAAUGUGUUAUAUUACAUCAAUCUUUCUUUCAUUAUUAUUUUCACGAUUGAAUGCUUGCUCAAAAUAAUAGGACUGAGACAAUAUUACUUCAAAAUUCCAUGGAAUAUAUUCGACUUUGUUGUGGUAGUUUUGUCUGUAUUAGGUAUUGCGCUUUCUGAUGCAAUGGAGGCUUUUUUUGUAUCGCCAACUUUAUUGCGAGUCGUUCGAGUCUUCCGUGUUGGACGUGUUUUACGUUUAGUGAAAUCGGCGAAGGGAAUUCGAACAUUGCUUUUCUCAUUAGCAGUGUCGCUACCAGCUCUUUUUAACAUUGGCUUGUUAUUAUUCUUAGUCAUGUUUAUCUAUGCCACUUUUGGAAUGAACUUCUUCAUGCACGUAAAACACACAGGUGGUUUGGACGACUGCUUUAAUUUUGAAACCUUUGGCAGGAGUAUUAUAUUGCUAUUUCAAAUGUGUACCUCUGCAGGCUGGGAUGGAGCCCUCGCCGGGCUUUCAAAUGAAGAAGAUUGUGAAGAGGAGGAUAAAAACUGCGGGUCGUAUACGAUGGCAGUGUUUUACCUUGUAACUUAUCUCGUUAUCAGCUUUCUUGUUGUAGUGAACAUGUAUAUAGCAGUGAUUCUGGAGAAUUUCAGCCAAGCAACAGAGGAUGUUCAACAAGGAUUAACGCCAGAUGAUUUUGAUAUGUAUUACGAAAAGUGGGAAAAAUUCGAUCCGGAUGCAACACAGUUUAUAGCUUUAGAAAAGUUAUCAGAUUUUGUAGAUUAUCUAGAGGAACCCUUAAGACUUCCAAAACCAAACCAUUUCCUCCUUGUGAAGCUAGACAUAGCUAUUUGUGAAGGAGAUACGUGUUUCUGCAGAGACAUCUUGGAUGCUCUGACAAAGAAUUUCCUUGGAACUUCAGACACUGGCGAUAUUCCAGCGGACGCGGGUGGUCCGAAAGAAAAUGUGGAAUAUAAACCGAUUAGCUCGACUCUCAUGAGACAGAAAGAACAUUAUGCAGCACGGCUGAUACAGAAAGCGUAUCGGGCAUACAGACGAAGGCGAGGAGAACUUGGCGCACCGCCUAUGUCUUAUGAUGAGGCAAUGGCCGACACAACACCUCAGGAAAAACAAGAAAUAGAAAAGAAAGGCGAAGAGAACGACGACCAAAGAGAAAAAAAGGAAGAUGAAAAUGAAGUGAUUACUCCUUCAGAACAAAAAACGGUCGAACUUGGACCGGACAGCGACGUAGUAGCGUGAUCAGACAGGAUGUCACAUUUUUUUUAAGAAACAAAGAAUGAAAUAGAUGUGUGGCUUAUGAGCUUGUGAAGCAGAAACAUUAGCUUCGAACGUCAGUUUUAUAUUGAAAUAUUGAUCACUAGAUGAUCGAAGUUUUAACAGGUAUUUGAUGUUAGGUGAUGUACUCAGUAAUGGGUCAGUAUGUCUUUCCACUUACAGGUCUUAGGAUGCAAUCUCAUGCACUUCAAUAUAUAAACAUAAUAUAUGUAUAUAAUUGUAUACAUAUAUUAUUUCAUAUAUACCAUGACGUGCCGUGUAUAUCGUUAUAUAACAAGUGUGUAUCUCCCCACUCAAAUUAAACUGAUCUAAGUGUUGUUAAAUACAUUUCUCCUCUGCUUGUGCCUACCUUAUCCUGUGGAACAGUUCCGUAUCAAAUUACUACGUUAUACAAAUCAAAUUAAAUAAUACCGCAGCACUAGUUUCACAAACAGUAUAAAGGUCGUGCACCAGACGGAGACCAAUGUAAUAAUUCAAUGAAAUUACAUGUAUAUAUAGAUAUAAGCCAUUCGGUAUAUUCUGUACAAAAGAAAAAAACAUCAUUGUGCAUUUAGAAAAUUAUUAUCGAUACAUUUGAUCAAAUAUUAUCGCGAUUUCGAAAGACCUUUCAUUCAACAACUGAUUAAAAUGAACAUUUGAAAACUAUUUUAACAAUCCAAUGCUAUCUUACUCAUUUUCAAUUUGCAAUGAACUCCUACUGGUGUAGUAGAGGGAGUAUAGAAUAUACCGUACAGGAAACUCGUGUUAAGACAGCAGGCGGUAUCUAACAUACAAUUCGUAUGAUUCCAUAUAGGAGACAUAGUUUUCCUUAAAAUAGUUUCAACAUAUUUAAAGAAAAACUAAUAUAUCGAGUUUGCUUUCUAUUUCAAAAUUAGCAUGGUAGUUGUUAUUUAUACAGUAUAUUAACGGGCUUUAAUCUAAAGACCUUUGUUUCCGCGUCAUAUGUGUCUGAUAUAGGCAUCUAUUGCUUAAUAUUGACUCGUCAUAACUGUCGUAGCGUGUGUAAAGAUUUGUAAAGAUUUUUUUUCUGGACGGGAGCAGCUAACUAUUUAGAUAUGUUAUCUUACAUAAAAGUUUUGUUUAAAAUGAUCUCAAAAUACAAGUAGUUGUUGAUAUUGCAUUUACAUAUUAAAAAGGUUUCCAUUACGCUUUUAUUCCAAAGAGCAAUUGCUUUGUUAUUAAAAAACGUUCAAUUUUAAAACAUUUUGUAUGAAAAUUGAAAAUGAUGUUAAGGAAGAAAAUUGGAAAAUUAAAAUCCUACCAGACGAUGAACAGAGUAGACAUGGCUGUUUUAUGUAAAAUUAUGGAUCUUGAAAAUUUGCGUAUUGUGUGAAUACCUUGACACGUUCAGAUAUGUCUAGAUGUCAAUGGUGUCAAACCCGACUUAUAAUAUUGGCGUUGAUAUACGGGUAAUUUAGUGUACGGUCUAGACCUGAUCCGGAAAAAUUCUCAUACACCCCUUUUUGUUGGUCAUCGUGUUGUUAACAGCAAAGGUGUUAUUUAGUCCAUGACACUUUCGUCGUUAAGAUACUACAUGUCUCUGAUGUUAAUUAAAUAUUUUAUCAAAUAUAUUAUAUGUAUACCCAUACGCAUUUUGAUAGUCUACAACAUGAUGUUGUUGUUUUCGGGUUUUUUUCUAAAGCAAAUCAGAAAUUCCAAACAGAUUUUUUCCCCUAUUUUCGUGGUAUAAUGUGGAACGGAGGACUUUCUUUGUAUAUGCCGAAUUAAAUAACAUCGCCCUUCUCAAAACAGCAAAUAACAUCGCCCUUCUCAAAACAGCAAAUAACAUCGCCCUUCCAAAACAGCAAAUAAUAGGCGGUCUUAAGUUUUUGUUUGAAACCAAAGAUACAAGGAAAUAAGUAAAACCAAAUACCCCUAGUGAGUGGGACCAGCUGUCAAUUCAAAUCGCCCCACCGAGUUUAGGUUAAUACACAGUAUAUUGACAUUCAACCUCUCCUGUUGGUCACAGUAUCCUGUCAAUUUAAUGAUGUGUUUUUCAGUAGACUCUGUGUUUAGAUGUUUUAACAGGCGACUUAUCAAUAUGCAUAGCGGUUGUGUAAUUGUAACCACGAGUUAUCCCGUUGGGAUGUGUAUAUGUAUUUGAGCCACUAUAUCAUGCCUCGCGUGUUAUAAUAUUGUAAAACAAUACCAUUCCAUGAUUGUAUAUUGAUGAAAAUGAUAACAGUAUUUAUUGACAUAUAACAUCCAGAUAUUAAUUCAUUGCCAUUUAAAUGUUGCGACGUUGGGAGAAAAUCCGUUACACUUAGCUAUUUGAUUUGAUUUAGUCUUAAUGAAAUUAACAUGAAGUCAAAAAAAAAAAAAAAAAAAAAGAAUACAAAACAGCAAAAUGAUUAUAAACAUGUUAAAACAUUAGUCUACAUGCAUAAGGUUUUUGUAUAGAAGCCCAACAUUUCCAAGCAUGAUGUCCAUUACAAACAAAGCUUUCUGUGACUCAGAUGAUCAAUUAUCUAGCACAAAGGAAAUAUAUUAUUGUGAUGACGAUUAUUGACAGGUGAAUCACACUGUCGUCACACAUGGCCGAGUAACCGACUUACUAGUUAGAAAUCAUAAUACUAUGCAAAUACUUCUUUGUGUUAACUGUUUGUGAUAGGUAUAUUCAAUAAUGUACUUGUAUGUGUCUAAUGUUUAAUCAGUCUCAACUAAUUUGUAUGUCCUUCAUACCCAAAACAUGUUCACAGGUGGCGGGGUGGAUUCAGGCGGUUGUAAUAAAAAGACCGGAAAAUUCAUUUAUCCGAAACAUACUCUUUCUGUUGUGGUCAAGGACGUUUUAUUGCUCAUGGUUUCAGAUGAAGAAAUGUCAUAGGCAUUUUCUUUUGAAAUUAAGUCUCGAUCUGAAAUAUCCCCUUUAAAUCAUGAAUGUGUGGCGUUGUUACUAUUUUUUUCAUUUAAUAUAUAUUAUAUAUAAACGUAUAUAUAUAUAAGUAUAUAGUCUAGUUAUUCAAGUACAUACAAUUAACCUUGUAGCUAAAAAGGAAACAUUAUGUUCGUAUUUCCGAGCCAUUGUCAAUGAGUUGAAUGUCAUUUUAGCCUUAGGUAAAGAAAUGGCACUCAUCAUGCUUGAAUUAGUUAGACUUCCGGUAUGAUGACAGGUCAAUGUGGCGCUCAUCAUGCUUGAAUUAGUUAGACUUCCGGUAUGAUGGCGGGUCGAUGUGGGUACUUGGUCUUCCUUAACACGGCAUUAGUACCGGCGGAGAAAGCAUAUAUUGUACCAUAGCCAACUGAAGUACAAGAUUUUAACGCCUCUGAGACGAUUGUAUAAUCCUACUUCAGGAACAAAUACGUUGUCAGUACAAUAUAUCAUUUCUCAGCCGGAAGGGUCUAAUAACUUUCACUCCUUCUCACGUCAUACACUCCGUGUAACUAUCGGCAGUAUAUGGUUAAACUUCGCCUAUUUAUGCCUUCAACGGUUUCUCAGAGAUCUUUAGCCUGUGGAGAACAAGGAAGAGCGCUCUAUACCAUCUAAGGUCUGUCGGUGAUUUAUUCUCUCCUCCUAUCAUUCAUCACUUUUGUAAACAAAGCUUAAGAGAACAACUGGUGUUUGAUUGUCAAGCCAGUAGAGUACGCCUGACUAGAGGAAUAGUUGCCUAUUGGUGAAAGCACUCAUUGAGGCAAUACACCAAUAUUAGUUAGUCCACUACGCUGUUCCCUUUCCUAUAUCAUUGUUCAAAUGUUUGCGUCAUAUUGCAUUCGACUAUAUCCGUGAUUGUCCGGCAGUAUCCGUCAUUUUCGGGAACUUUCGUCAUUGCUAGAUAUUGGUUAAUUGAUUGUGACUGUGUAUGGCAUUUCUGAACAUGUCAGUACGUCUUUGUAGUUAGUUAAUGCCAGAUCCACCCUGGUCGACCAGAUCCACCCUUGUCGACCAGAUCCACCCUGGUCGAGUGUGUAGUCCUUGUCUUACCUCUUUAUACAUGUAAAUGAUAUUUUAUUGAAUAUGUCAUAAUUAUUACAUGUUCAUGUUACAUUUAUCGGGUGGUAUGAUUAUAUGUAAAUAUAUUCAACAAUACUUGCUAAUGAAACCUUUAAACUAUUUUGCCAAAAAGAAAAUCAUUCUAACUUCAAAAAUGUCGAGUCAAAUGGCCGAGAGGUAAGAAUUCUGUAAAAGUAUCAUGAACAUAUGUUUGGUCCAGUAACAAUGGAACAUUAUUGAAGAGAUUAUCAAUCUUAUCUGAAUAUUCCAAAAUUGAAUGAAAAAUUUAAAAAAUAUUGAAGAUUGUGUACAUUUCUUAACCUCACGGUAUUUCUCGUUUCACAAUAACCGUGUUGAGUUAGCAAGUUCAUUUUCCACUUGAAAUCUUGUUAAUGCUAACAUGUGAUUAAUUAUGAAGGGCAUUUUUAUUUCAUAUGUUAUUUUGAUAAAACGAUUUUUAUACUGACAAUAUGUCGCUUUAUUGUCAUUAAAUACGUUUAAGACGAACGAUACAAAUGUGAACUUUUGGUAUAUGUAUCUGCGUAUAUACCUGCCUACAGCUCAUUUUUCUUCCAAUAUAUACCCUGUCACGUGUUUCCGCUGAUAUAUUGAAUGGCGGUGGUUACUGUUAAUAAGGCUCUCGCACUGUCGUGUUUUUGUGAUAUUUUACGAGAGCGACACCAACAAAAGUAUUCAAGGUGACUGUCCGCCAUUCUUGCCCAUCAAAGUAAUCUACCUUUACUCACGUUUUAGAAGGAUCCGACGGAAGUGACGUAAUAGAUUACUCUGUGGAGUCGGAAUGUGGACUUGAAACCGUAUGGAUUUUUCAUGUUUUCUUUAGUUAAUAUAACUAACCUGUCGACAUUUCCCAGUGUUUGUUUGUUUUGACUGAAGUGUGAAAGUGGAUGAUGUCUAAGAUCAACGAUUUGCCUCCAUGUGUGUAUUUUUCUCUUCAAUAGCUCAAUUUUAUCGACUGAUAAUACGGAAGCUUUGACGAGGUGUGCUACCCAACGUGUGUGAACGCUUGGCUGGAAACACUGGUACACGAACGGUUCUCCGUCUGUGUACACCCAUAUUUAUGCACAAGAAUGCAUGUUACGACGGACACAUAUACUUGUAUUGCCAUCUUUGCUUCAAUCAUUAACACCUUGAUUCUUUAUGUAAAUAAAAAUAUACACAAUU